CGCCGAUGACGUCCGAGCGCGCCAGCACUUGAGGGAGCCCUGUGGCCGGGAGAACCGCUUCCACGAACCUAACUCAUCUCUCCAGCAAGGGACAUCUGAAGAGAUGUCCUCCGUCCUUCACUUCUAUGUCCGUCCCUCUGGCCAUGAAGAUGCAGCGGCCGGCCACACUCGAAGGAAGCUGCAAGCGAAACUGCCAGAGCUGCAGAGCGUGAAGACCGAGCUGUGCUACAAUGUGAACUGGACAGCUGAGUCCCUCCCAAGUGCUGAGGAGAUGAAGAAGCUGAUGUGGCUGUUUGGCUGCCCCUUGUUACUAGAUGAUGUCGCCCAGGAGUCCUGGCUCCUUCCUGGCUCUAGUGACCUGCUGCUGGAGGUUGGGCCCAGGCUGAACUUCUCCACUCCGACGUCCACCAACAUCGUGUCAGUGUGCCGGGCCACUGGACUGGGGGCUGGGGACCGCGUGGAGAUUACCCGGCGCUACCUGCUCUCGUUUGCCCACCCCCCUUCAGCUGAGAUGGAGGCCAUUGCUCUGGCAACCCUGUAUGACCGGAUGACGGAGCAGCACUUCCCCCGUCCCAUCCAGAGCUUCUCCAUCGGGUGCACCCCAACACCCCUCGAUGGCCCAAUCAACAUACUGGCUGAGGGCCGGCCUGCCUUGGAGAAAGCCAACCAGGAGCUAGGUCUGGCCCUAGACUCCUGGGACCUGGAUUUCUACACCAAGCGCUUCCAGGAGCUGCAGCGGAACCCUAGCACAGUGGAGGCCUUUGACUUGGCUCAGUCCAAUAGCGAGCACAGCCGACACUGGUUCUUCAAGGGCCGACUCCACGUGGAUGGGCAGGAGCUGGCACAGUCGCUCUUUGAGUCCAUCAUGAGCACCCAGGCAUUCUCGAAUCCCAACAACGUCCUCAAGUUCUGUGAUAACAGCAGUGCAAUCCAGGGGAAGGAAGUCCGAUUCCUGCGGCCCGAGGACCCCACACAGCCAAGCUGCUUCCGGCAACAGCAGGGGCUGAGACAUGUUGUCUUCACAGCAGAGACCCACAACUUCCCCACAGGAGUAGCCCCCUUCAGCGGUGCAACCACGGGCACAGGGGGCCGGAUCCGAGAUGUCCAGUGCACGGGACGUGGGGCCCACGUGGUGGCUGGCACUGCUGGCUAUUGCUUUGGAAAUCUGCACAUCCCAGGUUACAGUCUGCCCUGGGAGGAUCCGAGCUUCCAGUAUCCUGGGAACUUUGCCCGGCCCCUCGAGGUUGCCAUUGAGGCCAGUAAUGGGGCUUCUGACUAUGGCAACAAGUUUGGGGAGCCAGUGCUGGCCGGCUUUGCCCGCUCCUUGGGCCUCCAGCUCCCAGACAGCCAGCGGCGUGAGUGGAUCAAGCCCAUCAUGUUUAGUGGGGGCAUUGGUUCCAUGGAAGCCGAGCACGUGAGCAAGGAGCCCCCAGAGUCAGGCAUGGAUGUUGUAAAGGUUGGGGGUCCUGUCUACAGGAUUGGAGUGGGGGGCGGAGCUGCUUCGUCUGUACAGGUGCAGGGAGACAAUGCCAGUGAGCUGGACUUCGGGGCUGUGCAGCGGGGAGACCCGGAGAUGGAACAGAAGAUGAACCGUGUGAUUCGGGCUUGUGUGGAGGCCCCCAGGGGAAACCCCAUCUGCAGCCUCCAUGACCAGGGUGCUGGUGGCAAUGGCAAUGUCCUAAAGGAGCUGAGCGACCCGGCUGGAGCCAUUAUUUACACCAGCUGCUUCCAGCUUGGGGACCCAACCCUGAACGCCCUGGAAAUCUGGGGGGCUGAGUACCAGGAGUCUAAUGCGCUUCUGCUGAGGCCCUCAGACCGGGACUUCCUGCGUCGGGUCGGCGCCCGGGAACGCUGCCCAGCUUGCUUCGUGGGCACCAUCACUGGAGACAGGAGAAUAGUGCUGGUGGAUGAUCGGCAGUGUCCUGUGGGAAGAAAGGGCCAGGGAGAUGCCCCCUUGAUGCCUAACACAACCCCUGUGGACCUGGAGCUGGACUGGGUGCUGGGCAAGAUGCCUCGGAAGGAGUUCUUCCUCCAGAGGACUGUCCCUUUGCUGCAGCCUCUGGUCCUGCCUCCGGGGCUGAGCGUGCGCCAGGCCCUGGAGCGGGUCCUGAGGCUGCCUGCUGUGGCCAGCAAGCGCUACCUCACCAACAAGGUGGACCGCUCCGUGGGUGGCCUGGUGGCCCAGCAGCAGUGUGUCGGGCCCCUGCAGACUCCUCUAGCAGACGUGGCAGUUGUGGCACUGAGUCACCAGGAGCUCGUAGGGGCUGCCACAGCCCUGGGAGAGCAGCCGGUCAAGAGCCUGCUGGACCCCAAGGCUGCUGCCCGGCUGGCUGUGGCCGAGGCCCUCACCAACCUGGUGUUUGCUCUAGUCACUGACCUCCGGGAUGUGAAGUGCAGUGCGAACUGGAUGUGGGCAGCCAAGCUCCCAGGGGAGGGGGCGGCUCUGGCCGAUGCCUGUGAGGCUAUGGUGGCAGUGAUGGCGGCCCUGGGGGUAGUGAUGGCGGCCCUGGGGGUGGCAGUGGACGGCGGCAAGGACUCCCUCAGCAUGGCUGCCCGGGUUGGCUCUGAGACUGUGUUGGCUCCUGGGUCACUGGUCAUCUCAGCCUAUGCAGUCUGUCCAGACAUUACAGCCACUGUGACCCCAGACCUCAAGUGUCCUGGAGGGAGAGGCCGUCUGCUGUACGUGCCCCUGAGUCCUGGGCAGCACCGGCUGGGGGGCACAGCCCUGGCCCAGUGCUUCUCCCAGCUUGGUGAGCACCCUCCCGACCUGGACCUUCCUGGAAACUUGGUGCGAGCCUUCAGCAUCACCCAGGGGCUGCUGAGCGACCGCCUCCUCUGCUCAGGCCACGACGUCAGCGAUGGGGGUCUCAUCACCUGCCUGCUGGAGAUGGCCUUUGCUGGGAAUUGUGGGAUAGAGGUGGACGUGCCUGCCUCUGAGGUCGAUGUGCUGCCUGUGCUGUUCGCUGAGGAGCCAGGCCUGGUCCUGGAGGUGCAGGAGACAGACCUGGCCCAGGUGCUAAAGCGCUAUCAGGAUGCUGGCCUCCACUGCCUGGAGCUGGGCCACACGGGUCACGUCGGGCCCCGUGCCAUGGUCCGGGUGUCAGUGAACGGGGCUGUGGCUCUGGAGGAGCCUGUUGGGCAGCUGCGAGCCCUCUGGGAAGAGACGAGUUUCCAGCUGGACCGGCUGCAGGCAGAGCCGAGCUGUGUGGCAGAGGAGGAACAAGGGCUCAGGGAGCGGACAGGGCCCCGCUACUGCCUGCCCCCCAGCUUUCCCAAAGCGUCCGUGCCCCACGAGCCCGGUGGUCCCACCCCCCGAGUCGCCAUCUUGCGAGAGGAGGGCAGUAACGGAGACCGGGAGAUGGCCGAUGCCUUCUGAGCAGUGAGCCUGGAGGUGUGGGACGUGACCAUGCAAGACCUCUGCUCGGGGGCAAUCAAGCUGGACACGUUCCGCGGUGUGGCCUUCGUGGGCGGCUUCAGCUACGCAGAUGUCCUGGGCUCUGCCAAAGGGUGGGCAGCUGCCGUGACCUUUCAUCCACAGGCCGGGGCUGAGCUGAGGCGCUUCCGCAAGCGGCCAGACACCUUCAGCCUGGGCGUGUGUAACGGCUGUCAGCUGCUGGCUCUGCUGGGCUGGGUGGGAGGCAGCCCCAACGAGGAGGAAGAGGAGACGGGCCACGACGCCGACUCCUGGGCAGCCCAGCCCGGCCUCCUGCUUCGCCACAACCUGUCUGGGCGUUUUGAGUCUCGCUGGGCCAGUGUGCGUGUGGGGCCCGGGCCAGCCCUGAUGCUCCGAGGGAUGGAGGGGGCCGUGCUGCCUGUGUGGAGCGCCCAUGGUGAAGGUUACAUGGCGUUUUCUUCUCCGGAACUCCAAGCCCAGAUCGAGGCCAAGGGCUUGGCUCCACUGCACUGGGCAGACGAUGACGGGAACCCCACGGAACAGUACCCCCUCAAUCCCAACGGGUCCCCAGGGGGCGUGGCUGGUGUCUGCUCUCCUGAUGGCCGCCACCUGGCCCUCAUGCCUCACCCUGAGCGGGCUGUGAGGCCCUGGCAGUGGGCAUGGCAGCCCCCUCCGUUCGACACUCUCACCACCUCCCCCUGGCUCCAGCUCUUCAUCAACGCCUGGAACUGGACCCGGGAAGGAGGCUGCUGAGCCGCCAGGAGACUCCUCUGGCCUCAUGGUUUGUCCCUGGGGUGCUGCUGCUCUCUACCUCGUCACCUUCAGAAGCACCCUCAUUAUUUUCAAAUGUGUCUUGGACAGAUAAGGACCAAAAUUCAAAAAAAAACCCGCCCACUUUUGCCUUAUG